AUGAUGACUUCUACUCCAGGAAAAGAGUGGCUGUUAAACGUGGAACCUAGAAAGGCAAAAAAAAUAAUGAAACUCCGAUUCUACACAUCUUCAAGCUAUUCAUUAUGUCGUGGUCGAGGAAAUCUGCAGUCAGUCAGAUUUCCGAAACGGUUGAUAUUAUCAGUCAAGAAGAAGAAGAAGAAGAUAUGUUGUACAAAUCGAUGCAUUUAUGCUUCGGCUGCUAGUAGUUGUUCAUUAUCCGAGCAAAUCAGAAAAUGCUAUGAAAAAUCACUGCACCUGAAAUCACUGUACAACAUUAUAUCUACUUUCGCUGUUAUGGCUCUUCUGCUUGCUUUUAUAAUACGUGCUCUGGAGGUAUUUCUUUGCAAAGUAUAA